CCGCCCCGGCCCGCCCCCGCCGGCAGGACUGCGCGCCCGGAGCGCGUUCCGCGUCCCCGCCGCCGGGAGGAGGUGCCCGCACGCUCCGGCGCGCGCCGCCCGCCCGCCUCGGCCUGUGGGCGCUUUCCCCGGCCCAGGCUCCGCGCCCCAGGAAGAUGCAGACGUUUCUGAAGGGGAAGAGAGUGGGCUACUGGCUGAGCGAGAAGAAGAUCAAGAAGCUCAACUUCCAGGCCUUCGCGGAGCUGUGCAGGAAGCGCGGGAUCGAAGUCGUGCAGCUGAACCUCAGCCGGCCGAUCGAGGAGCAGGGCCCCCUGGACGUCAUCAUCCACAAGCUGACCGAUGUCAUCCUGGAAGCUGACCAGAAUGACAGCCAGUCCCUGGAGCUGGUGCACAGGUUCCAGGAAUACAUCGAGGCCCACCCCGAGACCAUCAUCCUGGACCCCCUCCCUGCCAUCCGGACCCUGCUCGACCGCUCCAAGUCCUACGAGCUCAUCCGGAAGAUCGAGGCCUACAUGCAAGAUGGCAGGAUCUGCUCACCACCCUUCAUGGAGCUCACCAGCCUGUGCGGGGACGACACCAUGCGGCUGCUGGAGCAAAACGGCCUGGCCUUCCCCUUCAUUUGCAAAACCAGAGUGGCUCAUGGCACCAACUCUCACGAGAUGGCCAUCGUGUUCAACCAGGAGGGCUUGAAUGCCAUCCAGCCGCCCUGUGUGGUGCAGAACUUCAUCAACCACAACGCCGUGCUGUACAAGGUGUUCGUGGUCGGCGAGUCCUACACCGUGGUCGAGAGGCCGUCACUCAAGAACUUCUCCGCAGGCACAUCCGGCUCCUCCCCAGGACCGUCUCUCGUGCCCCCCGUCUGGACUGGCUCUGGUCGGAGCGGCGGGAGGCCUGUCGGGCACACCGGGGCGGCCGGGGGCCUCUGUGGCCCGCUAGCGGGAAGCAUGCCAGACCGUGAGUCCAUCUUCUUCAACAGCCACAACGUGUCCAAGCCGGAGUCGUCAUCCGUCCUGACCGAGCUGGACGAGAUCGAGGGCGUGUUUGAGCGGCCGAAUGAUGAGGUCAUCCGGGCGCUGUCCCGGGCCCUGCGGCAGGCGCUGGGCGUGUCACUCUUCGGGAUCGACAUCAUCAUCAACAACCAGACGGGGCAGCACGCCGUCAUCGACAUCAAUGCCUUCCCAGGCUACGAGGGCGUGAACGAGUUCUUCACCGACCUCCUGAACCACAUCACCAGCGUGCUGCAGGGCCAGAGCUCGGCCGCCGCCGCCGCCAGCGCUGCCGCCGCGGGGGACGUGGCCCCACUGAGGCACAGCAGCCUGGCGGCCGAGCGGACGUGCAGCGCCAGCCCGGGCUGCUGCAGCCUGCUGGGCCAGGACGCGGCCUGGAAGGCGGAGGCCGACGCGGGCGGCACGGGCAGCACCGCCAAGCUGCCGCACCAGAGACUUGGCUGCACCGCCAGCGUGUCGCCCAACUUCCAGCAGCACUGCGUGGCCUCCCUGGCCACCAAGGCCUCCUCCCAGUAGCCACGGAGCGCGGGACCCAGAGGGGCGGCCGGCAGCUCCCGCCGGGGGACGCUACUACUCAGAAUUCCCAAUGAUCUGAUUCUUGUCUUUUUUAAUCUGUAACCUGAUCUGAUGUCAUGAUCUGGUGACUGGGAGCUGGGAGAGGGCGAGAGCAGGGGCCCCGCCUUGCGGGAAAGGGCCGGCUACUGAGUCCUGCUGUGUUUACACACGCUGUGUUUUCAACACUAGGGCUGAGCGUGAGUGGGUGUGCGCACGUGCGUGUGUGGCUGCCGUGCAGGUGGGGACCAGGCGUCUAGGGGGCAGGCUGGGCCGGGUCAGGCUGCCGGUGGCUGAACAGAGCCGGCCCACGCCACGAACGGUUUCUCCUGUCGCUUCUCUCCAAGCCUGCCCACACCGGACCUUCCUUGGCGUCCCUCCUGCUAGGAGCGUGGCCCCACCCCCACCGCACGUGCGGCCGACCCCUCUCCUGAAAGCCACAGGAGGCUCAGGCCCCUCAAGGGAGUGCACCGUGCUGGGGGGCCCAGGGAGGCCCAGGCCCGUGGCUGGCUGGCCCCUCAGCCAUGCCUGGGGUCCUCUUUCCUCCAACCUGGUGCUGCUGCUGCUCCCUGGAGCCCAGGAGGGAGGCCGCGUGGGUGGGAGCCCAGCUGGUGCCUCCUGUGCUGAGGCUGUGGCCCGUAAUCCCCCCGGGGAAGCCGUCUGCCUCGCGUGGCCAGUCGGGACCAGCAAACUCCAAAAGGCUGGCCUAACGGCCGGCCCACAUGGCUGUGUCCAGUCAGCCGGACGGAGCUGGACACAGGAGCUUCCCAGGGCAGGUCUCGGCCACCUGGCCGUAUCCCUUGCACGCCCCGAGCGCUAACCAGCCAGGUGUGAGGGAACCACCCCAUCGCUGGGACGGCGACAUGUGGGCCCGCAGCCCCCCACCGAGAAGGAGCAGGUGGGAGCGUCCUCCAUCCCUGGAAGGUGUGGGACACUGGGACCCCCAAGUGUGCUGUUGUGUCCCGAGACUUCAGCACACUUGGAAGGAAACCGCUGUGCUGUCGCCCAGUGAGACAGGGUGCUGGAGAGUCCCCGGCACCCCCGGAGCGGCUGGGGCCCACAGGUGCCUGCCGGGAGCGCUUGGGCCUCGGUGACAGGCAGAAGCCAUGGGACCCUCCCAGCGUCCUUGGGGUGAGGCCGGCGGCCGCCCACGUUGACAUGAGCCGAAUGUCGACCCCGAUGAACGUGUGUGCGUCACCUUUCCCAGGUCUGACCCCAGGUCCCAGGACGCGGGGAAGCGUGGCUGGCCUCUUGCACUGCUUUGUCUUCAAAAUAAACUACUGAAAUCAAACCACA